AUGGCUGCCGAGGACGACGCCUCAGCGGCCUACCUGGGCGCCACCGGGCCGGCUGAAGGGGUGGCUGAGCUCGCAGCCACGCCCGGGCCUGGGAGUCCAAUCACCAAGGUGUUCGUUGUCGGCGCCACCGGUCAGACUGGGCGCCGGGUGGUCCAGGAGCUCAGGGCAAACGGCUUCCAGGUGCGCGCUGGUGUGCGCGAUGUGCGCAAGGCCCAGGGCCUGGGCUUCGCCCUGGACCCCUCUGGCGUUGAGCUGGUGACAUGUGACGUCGUCAAGCAGACAGCAGAACAGCUGGCCGCCGCCAUCGGGGACGCGCAGGCCGUCAUAUGCUGCACCGGCUACACGGGGUUCAACCCUGCUGGGUUUGGGCAGGUCGAUGAGAAGGGCACCAUCAACCUGGUCAAUGCUGCCAAGCGCACCGGGGUGAAGCGCAUGGUGCUCCUGUCAUCGCUGCUCACCAAUGCCCCGGCGGUCGGCCAGGCUGACAACCCAAACUACAAGUUCCUCAACAUAUUUGGGGGCGUGCUGGACCACAAGCUCGUGGGCGAGAAGUACCUGCGCGCCUCGGGGCUGACGUGGACAGUGGUGCGGCCUGGGGGCCUCAGCAACGAGCCGGCGGGCACGGUUGGCAAUCUAGUGGUGGCACCGGAGGACACACUGUUUGGCCUGGAGAACGACCCCGGCCGCGCCAUCUCCCGCGACACGGUGGCCCAGGUGCUGGUGGCGGCACUGCAGCAGGGCGCAGCUGCUGACAAGGUUCUGGAGAUCGUGGCCAGCCCCACCGCGCCUGAGCUGCCGCGGGACAAAUGGUUUGCAGUGUGA